CACUCUCUCCGCCAGACGGGGUGUGUAACCUUUGGAUGCUGCACCACAUUGUACACCUUGUAUCCUUAACUCCAGAGAAAAGGAGCUCACCAUGGGACAACAUUCAAGAUGCCUCUCUGAAAAGGAUCUUCUCCUCGGGUGAUAUGUAUUUACUCUGACUGUCUUUAUAUCUAAAGGAUUAUUUUCCUUUUUUCCAUUUGGAAAUACUUCAAAUAGAAACUUUGUUCCUUAUUGGAAACAGUCUCCUCACAUUAAGGACUGAAUACAUAAUGGGUGAUAUGGCUAACAACUCAGUUGCAUAUAGUGGUGUAAAAAACACUGUAAAAGAGGCUAAUCAUGGAGAUUUUGGAAUCACACUUGCUGAGCUUCGUGACCUUAUGGAACUGCGAGCUACAGAUGCAUUGCAUAAAAUUCAAGAAUGUUAUGGAGAUGUUUAUGGUAUCUGUACAAGAUUGAAAACUUCCCCAAAUGAAGGUUUAAGUGGAAAUCCAGCAGAUAUUGAGAGGAGAGAAACAGUGUUUGGGAAGAACUUUAUACCUCCUAAAAAGCCAAAAACAUUUCUUCAGUUAGUGUGGGAAGCACUACAGGAUGUUACACUAAUAAUACUAGAAAUUGCAGCCAUAGUAUCAUUGGGCCUUUCUUUUUACCAACCUCCAGGAGGGAAUGAAGCAUUAUGUGGAGUAGUGAAUGCUGGUGAAGAAGAGGAAGAAGGUGAAACAGGUUGGAUUGAAGGAGCUGCAAUCCUUCUAUCAGUAGUUUGUGUGGUUUUAGUAACAGCUUUCAAUGACUGGAGUAAAGAAAAACAGUUUAGGGGGUUGCAAAGCCGCAUUGAACAAGAACAGAAGUUCACUGUCAUCAGGGGUGGCCAAGUCAUCCAAAUACCAGUAGCCGACAUAAUUGUUGGGGAUAUUGCACAAGUAAAAUAUGGUGAUCUUCUGCCAGCUGAUGGGGUACUUAUUCAAGGAAAUGACCUUAAAAUUGAUGAAAGCUCACUAACUGGAGAAUCUGAUCAUGUUAAAAAAUCUUUGGAUAAAGAUCCUAUGCUGCUGUCAGGUACCCAUGUGAUGGAAGGCUCUGGAAGAAUGGUAGUUACUGCUGUAGGUGUGAACUCUCAAACUGGUAUCAUCUUUACCUUACUUGGGGCUGGAGGAGAAGAAGAAGAGAAAGAAAAGGAAAAAGAGAAAAAGGACAAGAAAAGUAAAAAACAAGACGGAGCUUUAGAGAACCGUAACAAAGCAAAAGCUCAAGAUGGUGCAGCCAUGGAAAUGCAACCUUUGAAAAGUGAAGAUGGUGGAGACGGAGAUGAGAAAGACAAGAAGAGAGCUAAUUUGCCAAAAAAAGAAAAAUCAGUUCUACAAGGCAAACUUACUAAGCUGGCAGUUCAGAUUGGCAAAGCAGGUUUGUUGAUGUCUGCAAUCACGGUCAUUAUCCUUGUAUUGUAUUUUGUAAUUGAUACCUUCUGCAUUAAGAAGCAACCUUGGCUUGCUGAAUGCACACCAAUUUAUAUUCAGUACUUCGUGAAGUUCUUCAUUAUCGGAGUUACAGUCCUGGUGGUGGCAGUACCAGAAGGUCUUCCACUUGCAGUCACUAUAUCCCUGGCUUACUCUGUAAAGAAAAUGAUGAAAGAUAAUAAUUUGGUGAGGCAUUUGGAUGCUUGUGAAACUAUGGGUAACGCAACAGCUAUUUGCUCAGAUAAAACUGGAACAUUGACCAUGAACAGAAUGACAGUGGUCCAGGCUUACAUCAAUGAAAAACAUUAUAAAAAAAUUCCAGAACCAGAAGCUAUUCCUGAAAACACCAUGGCUUAUCUUGUAACAGGAAUUUCUGUUAAUUGUGCUUAUACUUCCAAAAUACUGCCUCCUGAGAGAGAAGGUGGCCUACCACGUCAUGUCGGUAAUAAAACUGAAUGUGCCUUGUUGGGAUGGCUUUUGGAUUUAAAACGGGAUUAUCAGGAUGUAAGAAACGAGAUACCAGAAGAGGCACUGUACAAAGUAUACACGUUCAACUCUGUUAGAAAAUCGAUGAGUACCGUAUUAAAAAACUCUGAUGGCAGCUUCCGGAUAUUCAGCAAAGGUGCCUCUGAGAUAAUACUUAAAAAGUGCUUCAAAAUAUUGAGUGCUAAUGGUGAACCAAAGGUAUUCAGACCUAGAGAUCGUGAUGAUAUUGUAAAAACUGUAAUUGAACCUAUGGCCUCUGAGGGGCUCAGGACCAUAUGUCUAGCAUUCAGGGAUUUCCCAGCUGGAGAACCAGAGCCAGAAUGGGACAAUGAAAAUGAUAUUGUUACUGGUCUUACAUGCAUUGCUGUUGUAGGAAUUGAAGAUCCUGUGAGGCCUGAGGUACCAGAUGCAAUAAAAAAAUGUCAGCGUGCUGGUAUAACUGUUCGUAUGGUCACUGGUGAUAACAUUAACACUGCUCGUGCUAUUGCAUUAAAAUGUGGCAUUUUGAAUCCGGGUGAAGAUUUUCUAUGCUUAGAGGGCAAAGAUUUUAAUAGGCGAAUACGGAACGAAAAAGGAGAGAUAGAGCAAGAGAGAAUAGAUAAAAUUUGGCCAAAGCUUCGUGUGCUUGCAAGAUCUUCCCCCACUGACAAACAUACAUUGGUAAAAGGCAUAAUUGACAGCACUGUCUCAGAACAGAGGCAAGUUGUGGCAGUAACUGGUGAUGGUACGAAUGAUGGUCCAGCAUUGAAGAAAGCAGAUGUUGGAUUUGCUAUGGGUAUUGCUGGAACAGACGUAGCUAAAGAAGCUUCUGAUAUUAUUCUUACGGAUGACAACUUCACAAGCAUUGUUAAAGCAGUUAUGUGGGGACGAAAUGUAUACGACAGUAUCUCCAAAUUCCUUCAGUUCCAGCUUACUGUCAAUGUAGUAGCAGUAAUUGUUGCUUUCACAGGAGCAUGUAUAACACAAGAUUCUCCACUUAAAGCUGUGCAGAUGUUGUGGGUAAAUCUGAUAAUGGACACAUUGGCUUCUCUUGCUUUGGCAACGGAACCACCCACUGAAUCUCUCUUGCUCCGGAAACCUUAUGGUAGAAAUAAACCUCUAAUUUCUCGUACAAUGAUGAAGAAUAUUUUGGGUCAUGCAUUCUAUCAACUUGUGGUAGUCUUUACUCUCCUGUUUGCUGGUGAGAAAAUGUUUGAUAUUGAUAGUGGAAGAAAUGCACCUCUUCAUGCUCCUCCUUCAGAGCAUUACACUAUUGUGUUUAAUACAUUUGUGAUGAUGCAGCUUUUUAACGAAAUUAAUGCUCGAAAAAUCCACGGUGAAAGAAAUGUGUUUGAAGGAAUCUUCAACAAUGCUAUCUUCUGUAUUAUUGUUCUUGGCACGUUUAUUGUACAGAUAAUCAUUGUACAGUUUGGUGGGAAACCUUUUAGUUGCUCAGAACUUACAGUAGAACAGUGGCUGUGGUCCAUUUUCCUGGGUAUGGGAACACUACUCUGGGGCCAGUUGAUUUCAACAAUUCCAACCAGCCGGUUGAAAUUCCUUAAAGAAGCUGGCCAUGGAACACAGAAGGAUGAGAUUCCUGAAGAAGAAUUAGCAGAAGAUGUAGAAGAGAUUGAUCAUGCUGAAAGAGAAUUGCGUCGUGGUCAGAUCUUGUGGUUUAGGGGCCUGAACAGGAUACAGACUCAGAUGGAUGUAGUGAAUGCUUUCCAGAGUGGAAGUACCAUUCAGGGGGCUCUAAGGCGGCAACCCUCCAUCGCCAGCCAGCAUCAUGAUAUUCGAGUGGUGAAUGCAUUUCGUAGUUCCUUAUAUGAAGGUUUAGAAAAGCCUGAGACACGAAGUUCAAUUCACAAUUUUAUGACGCAUCCCGAGUUUAGAAUAGAAGAUUCCGAGCCUCAUAUUCCCCUCAUUGAUGAUACUGAUGCUGAAGAUGAUGCUCCAACGAAACGCAACUCUACUCCCCCACCCUCUCCCAAUAAAAAUAACAAUGCGGUUGACAGUGGAAUUCACCUUACAACAGACAUGAACAAGUCUGCUACCUCUUCAUCCCCAGGGAGCCCGCUACAUAGUUUGGAAACAUCACUCUGAUCGUAAGCUGAAUGUUAACACACUAGCUGCAUUGUAAAGAAAUUGAAACUGGGUCUUUUCACACAUUGUGAUAGACAAGAUUGUAUUCUUGUCCUGGACUUCAACAGAAGACACUUGUAUGAAUGUAGAUUUAUUUUUUUAAAGAAGCUUUCUGCCAGACUGGAGGGUGCUUUUUUGGGGGUGGGGGUAAUAAUGAACUUUGACAGAAACAGUAACUCGGCAUAAGUGACCUGCGGAUCAUCAGUUGUACUUAAGAAUGGUCCUGAACAGUGUGUUAGCAGGGCUUUAGUUUAUCUUGAUCCUUUUGAAGCGGGGCGGGGGGCUGGGAAGGGCAAGGAGGCCCUGGAUCAUUGAAUUAAUACUUUAAUUUCUGCUGUUGGCUGUUAAUAAUUUGGAUUAUUUAUGUUUAUAAAUGAUGCAGAUCUGUUUACAAGGUUUGUAGAUACUUUUUUGUUCCUAUUCAUAGAUGGGAAGCUUCCUUAUAAAUGAUGCAGAGAAAAGAAGAAAAAAUUAGUCCUUCAAAUACUGCUGUAUUUUCAGGAAAAGGGUGUUUCUAUUGAAACUGUACUAAAUUUUGCCUGCAAUUUACCUUGUUAAAUAUUUGUAGAUAAAUUGCUGAUACUAAUAGCCAAAUAGAUGACACUAAUGCUUUGUAAAAACAUGAGCAGUGGUGUUCUAAUGAAGUUAUGGCCUCUGUCCUAAUUAGUUUCUUAAAUACAUUUACUACUUAAUGGUUUUGAAACAACUGCUUAAUUUUUAAAUUUUGAGAAACUUACUGAAUAACUUUGUUUCGAACUUAGUAGGAUUGUUUAAUGCAGGACAUCAGUGUGAUGGAACUUGCUUGAAAUACUUUUGUUAUCUCAGGCAAAAUGGAUUAAAUCAAAAUACAUCAGAACCUUAGUCCUUUUUGUUUUUGUCUAAACAUGUUUAGCUUAGUGCUGUCUUUUGAACUGUGAGUGGAACUGUGAUUUUUUUUUUUUUCCUUCCUAAUCCUCUAGAACCUUUCAUACUGCAUGAGGGCUGUUGGCAUUUUGAAAGGCUAUUAGUAGAUAGCUUACAUAGGUUUUUUUUUUUUUUUGAACUGUUUGUAAACAUGAAUAAAUCUGCCCUUUUAUUAAAAUAAAUAUGCAGCAAUGGUUUCUAACAGAUUUUUCUGAGCUCCUUCACUGGAAUUUCUUGAAAGACUACUUUUUAUAUUACUGGUAAAUUGAAUUUCAAGAUGGUAACAGCCCCUUCAAAAGUAGUACUUUGGAACUGGUAUGCUGGUGGCUGCCCUACAGGAUGGAAGUAAAUUUUAAGAUGUCCCAAAAAUCUUCUUUUGAGCUAAAAGGAUACUUCUGGUGAAUAGUUCUGGCUGAAAAAAUGUAUCUAGAGACUAAUGCAUUGUUGUGUAUUGCACUCCUCAAUAACAGAUGAACUGGGUUAACUAAUAUGGCUGUAGCUAUCUGACUAGUAUUUUGCAUGUUUAGUUGAUCAGUAACCCUGACACCAAAACCUGAUCUGGUCCCAGUAGCACUACAGUUGUCAUUGUCUGCACCAAUUGGAUAUUUGAAUAAUCUUAUUUCUUCCUAGCUUUUUCUAUCUGUAACAUUUACCUUGUUCUCUAGGCUUGUUUUUGUUGGGGAAACCAAUCGGUCUGAAUUCUAGUGAUAUUCGUUAGCUCAGAUAAUUGUCAAUUUUCAUUUGAUGUGGCCAAGUGGAAGAGAACCUUUUUUUGAGUUUCACCUCCAUCUCUUCCACUCCUCUCCCCUCUUUCAUUUGCAGAACCAUGGAAACGGGUACAAUAAGAGUUCACACGUGAUUCAACUUUUUCAACCAUUGUAGACUUCUGUAAUAGCUAAACUAGCUGCACAAAGGACAUCUUUUGCCCAAGCCUUGAAGAUAGCCUUGAAUGAUUUAACUUAAUUAUUGGGGGAAGAAAGAAACUUAAAACAUGCUGCAGAAGCAAUUUUAGUAGGCUUUAAACUUAAGAGUGAGAAGAUGAUUGCUCCUAUGGGUGAUGUGUAUAAGCGUGGGUUUGGAGACCUUGAGUGGGCAAUUUUGCAUUCAUCCUGGGGCUUCAGCCACUGUAUCCCACUGUCAACCACUCCUUCAACUUACUUUAAGUCAACUAAAUGCAUCUGACUUGGAAAGAGAGCCUUCCUUUCCAGGCAUGGGAUUUGUACUCUUUUUUUAUCUGGCAAUGUCUUCUGAGCCUUUCAAAAAUUCCCCCUGAAGUGAUGAACUUAAACUGGAAAAAAGCUGUUUUGACCUCUCGAGUAUCUUGUCAUUUGAACAUGACUGCUUAAUAGUAUUGCUAAGUAACUUCUUCCUGUCUAAUAGUCAUGGUUGUUAAACACUGUUUAAGACUGGAUUGUACACAUGCCUUUUGAGGAAAACACAGAUGUGUAGGCCUUGUACACAGUGAUCCUGUCUGAGUCUGUUUAACAUGCGGGACAUGAACGCUGGCAAGUAUAAGUGAAACCCAAAAUUGGGACUACUUGCUUAAAAGGGAGUCUAAUUCCUUUUUUACUGCUGUGAUUUCAACAAACCAUAACAUGUUACUAAGAUUAUUUUAAAAGGAAAAAAGAGUUAUCACUUGACUGCUGAGCCCUUCAUUACCUUUCUGAUUGUAAGGUUUACUUGUCUUGCUCAUUUGUAAAUGAAAUAAAUGUGCUGUUCAUCUCGGUCUGAAUGGGGACUAGAAUAUCUGAAUGUCAAAUACAGUACUGUGUAAUAUUUUUUUGAAAUGCAUAGCUUUACUAAAAGUAUCUGAAAUGUUCAACAUAAAUUUGGUUAUUCUGUAAAAUGUGAAUUGUACCAUGAUCAAGCAACAGUGAUUCUGUAUAUUGUACUGUACUCGCAUUUUAUAAGACUUACUUUAAUGUUUAUAUCUCUGUUCACUGAAGAGUGGUUACUAACCUAAAUAAUUGUAAAUAGGAUGCAAAGAAUUAUAUAAAGACAGCAAGCUGCA